AUGGACAAGGAAAGACCAUCUUUCGUCGAUCUCAAAGAUAUACCGAAUAUAUCACCUCUUCACGUCAAAUUGGACGAGUUUCUUUGGAGGAUUAUUAGAGGCGAAUAUGAUCAACCAGAGGACAGAUCGAAAGCCUUUGAGGAGCCACAAAACCCAGAUUUGUCUCGUGGGAAUAACAUCAAACAGUUGGUGGGCAAUUUUCCAGUUGAACCUUCUAUGGCUCCAUGGACUUCUGAUGCUCCUAUCGAACACCAAACUCACCAGAUAAGGAGGAUUCCAGUGCCAUUCGACAUGCGACAAAAAACAAAACCAGUGCGUAAGAAAAAAUGGAAACAAAGAGUUCGACGAAGAGAUUCGGUGAGUUCUCCGAGGAGGGAUUUCAAGACUGAUGCGAGCUCUAGUGAGAAGAAACCAACCAAUUACAUACCAAAAUAUGAUCUGGAGCAAGCCUUUAAGAGUAAUGGUGGGUUUCGUGACUCGGUAUUCAGAAAAGGUUUAGAGAAUCAGAAGAUCAAGAGAUCACACUUGAAAAGAAGCAGAUUGAUAGCAAAUACGGGUGUGAAACGUGGGUCUCAUCUCUUUGAGUAUGGAAUUCAGUCACAUGAUCCUACAAACCUCGUCAACCCGGAUUAUCAAAUGAGGGAAAAAGCUGAGAGGGUUCGUAAUGAUCAGAACAAAGCUGUUAAGCAGGAGAGAACUCGAGAACCAGAUUAUUCACGAAUUGCAGAUGGCAGAGACAAACGUGGUGAAUAUGACGGUCGAAACACACAAAGAACCAAACCGCAAUAA